UCGUGGGCACCGACAACGACCGGGAUAAACUAUGGGCGAGCGUGUACUCAUCUGAGACGGGGGCAUGGAGCACGCCGACUUCUAUUCACAUUGGCUGUGCCAGCUACUUCGAUGCUUGGCGAGGCGCCAUUGUAGGAGAUGAAAUCUACUUCACGCUUUCACGGAGUACCGUGAUUGUCAAGUAUGAUUGGAGCAAGAAUUGCUUGUCUGUGAUUGACCCACCACCACUAGUUCCAAAAGUGUACCGCUAUUCAGUAGCCCUCAUGGAGAUGGAGGACAGUUCAUUGGGGCUCGCUGCCAUUGACGAUUCCAGCCUUCAUAUCUGGUCGAGGAAGGUGAAUACAGAGGGAGCUGCCGAGUGGGUGCAAUGCAGGGUCUUCGACCUGGAGAAGAUCAUGCCCAUGUCCAAGCCCUGUGACGGUGAUGGAGCAUAUGUGGUUGGCUUUGCAGAGGGUGUGGAUGUCAUCUUCGUGAACACAGAUGUUGGCUUAUUCACGAUGGAGCUCAAAUCUGGACGUGUGAGGAAGGUUGACGAACCUGGGGUCUACUAUUCCGUCUUACCGUACAUGAACUUCUACACUCCUGAUCGUGGUACAUUUGUUGGAAAUUUGUGA